AUGUUUCUCAACGGCAGACCUCUCCCCGAAUCCAAGAGGAGGAAGAUGAUCGAGCUGGCCUCAGAGGGAGUCCGUCCCAGCCAGAUCUCCAGGAUACUCCGGGUACGCAAAAAACUGUUUGGCGUAAAUAUAACUUUGUGCUUUAAUACGCGCACUGACCAUUGCGUAUUUCAGGUGUCAAACGGCUGUGUCAGUAAAAUCCUGAACCGAUUCCGACGAACUGGACGCCUGGAGCCCAAGACCAUUGGAGGAAGUCGACCCCGGCUUCUCACCCCGGGUGUCAUCUCCACAAUCAUCCAGUGCAAGAGGGAAAAUCCAACAAUCUUUGCUUGGGAGAUUCGUAAACGUCUCGUCUCAGCUCGGAUGUGCAAGGCCUCUAAAAUCCCCAGCGUGAGUUAACGAGAUUUCCAGUGUUGUGUUCAUAUAUUUAAACAUAUUCCAGCAUUUUAUUUGCCUUUUUAUAUGCAUUUUCUCACAAGGUAUCGUCGAUUAAUCGGAUUUUGAGAAAAAUCCACUUGGACCAUGGGCCGAUGUGCAUGGAGAUCAGUGCGCACAACAGAACCGAGCAGAGUGAGUCUCUCCACGGCUCAUAGUUUGUAAAAUAAAUGAAAUAAUUUAGUAGACUGCUUCACCAGUAAGUAAUGAUACAACCCCAAUCCCAUUAGCACUGGGAUACUGUGUAAAACCUGUAUUUUGAAAAUUGCAUGAGUAGCCAGCAACACCUUUCAAAACAGCUGUUUAACAUUAGGUAACAGAAGAGAUCAGUUUCUGAAGUUUGGAAAGUAAAGUGUUGGCCCUUUCUCCCCUAAUAUGGGAUUUCAGGUGCUUUCAGUUUGAAGUUACAUUUGUUGUAUUUUUGUGUCAAGAUGCAUCAAAUGUUUUCAAUUAGUGACAAGUCCAGAGAGUAGAUGGGCCAGUUUAAGCCCUGGACUCUUCUACUAUAGAGCCAUGCUGUUUCUGAUGCAAAAUGCAAAUGUUGCAAUGCAAAUUAUCGUUUGGCAUCUUCUUGCAGUAUUUUGCAAAGUCAGCCCUAAAAAUAACAGUUCAAAAAUACAGAGCUGGGUCUGAUUUGCAGGGUAAAUCUGCAGUAGCUCAGGAGGUAGAGCGGUCGGCCAAUAACCGUAAGGUUGGCAGUUCAAACUCUGCCUUAUCCCUAGUCUGUCCGUUGUGUCCUUGGGCAAGACAUAUAACCCACCUUGCUCCCAGUGUGUGUCCUCCACUGGUGUAUGAACGUGAGUGUUGUGUGGUGGUGGUCGGAGAGGCCGUAGGCGCCAACUGGCCGCCACGUUUCCGUCAGUCUGCACCAGGGCAGCUGUGACUCCUAAGGCAGUUUACCGCCACCAGGUGUGACUGUGUGAGUGAAUGAACAAUGUAUCCAAUGUAAAGCACUUUGAGGUCAGAUAAAAAGUGAUAUAAAAUCUGAUGCAUUAUUAUUAUAUCAUAUUUCUUUUUGCAAAGUGAUGUUAUGUGUCUUGUUGUAUCUGCAGACUUUGUUCCACUAAUUCAAGAAGAAGUGAUUGAGAGAAAUACUUUUGAGACCAUUUGCAGCAACAAUCGAAAACCCAAAGGCUCCCAGCACCGAAUCAGAACCACCUUUACCCCUGAGCAGAGCACAGUGCUUGAACAAGGUGACUUGAAAUCUCAAACCAACACACUCCUGCAAUCCCCCCACCUGGACUUCCUGUCAAAUUCUCAUUUUUAUCCCCCAAAUACAGAAUUUUCCCACAGCCAGUACACAGACCUCUUCACCAGAGAAAAACUGUCAGCUGAGAUCAAAGUCCCUGAAGAAACCAUCAAGGUGACACAUCAUUUCAAACCGUGAAAAUAAUUCACAAAUGCAUCUUUCUGCUUUUAUGAAGACUGUCUGUCUUUUGAAGGUGUGGUUUUCAAACAGACGGGCCAAAUGGAGGAGGGAGGCUAAACACAGAUGUAGCACACAGGGUAAGUGUGAAAGGACUGGUUGAGUGAAGGCAUACAGGAAACAUAGGUCAUACUAUACUGGUCAGACUGAACAAACAAGACUAAAUGGUGAAUUUUCAAGACCAUUUGAGAGCUGCUUUUACAUGUUUUACAUGACAUUCCUUGGUUGACUUUUAGAGGCUACGACAGAUAAUUAUUUGCAACCUAAUUCUCGUAAUCUGACACAAAGGUGGAUAUUCACAACAUGUGGAAACCAUCCCAGGCCCACCACCAUUCCUCCAUCAAUCCAACCACAUGAUGGCCCACACCAUGACCCGAAAGACUGCACCGGAUCUCCAAUCAGAUAGAUUCACUUUUCCAUUAUUCCACCAUCACGCUGGUCUGAAGACAACUCCUCUCCCUCUGACCACUGAGACAAUAACACCAGAGCACACUGUGACUCCGAUCUGGAACCAGCAGGGAAUUUCUUUCACAUGGAGCCAGUUUCCCCAGCAGCCGUGGGCCCUGAGUCCACAUGGUUACCAAGACUAA